AUGGUAAAGGAUUUUUGGAACAAAGUACCAUAACAAAAAACUAAAAAAAUAUAAAAAUUAAUACUACAAUCACAGCGAAAUAAUUUGAAAUGGUUAUUUAUAAAUGUUAUUAACUUAUCAAUAACGUUACACGUGCGCGAGCUAAGAGGUACGGGUCUAUAUGUAAUACCUAUAAUGAAACUGCGGAAUAGUCUGCGUUACUAGAGAGUCGAUUUAUCGACGGUUUGCGCUCAAAGGCUUAAGUUUGAGUCUUGAGCUAUUUAUUUAACUCCAAUAAUAGAAAUUUCGCUUUCGAAGCUAAGGGUUAAGGCUGCUCUUAUCUAUGGGCAGCGGUGUUUGGCGUUUACCAUGCAAUGGGUGCAUUCUUAGAGCGCGUUAGGGUAACGCUUGAAUACGGGCGCUAUAUGAGCCAGAGACGCUUUUGAUUGAACGGAGACUGCUGUCAUGUCGGUUUUAUAGUUCAUGACGAUCGACGACGACGACGAUUAUCGGCGGAGGGGUUACAAAUUAAUGCACAUACAUACAUGAUGGUCUUGAGAGACCAAUUCAGCGUAACCUUAACUAGUAGGUGAGCUCACGGGGCUCAAACCUGACAACGUUGCUAACGCGAACCCUAGCAAGAGCAGUGUUUCGCAGAAUCUACCACCGGAUCUGAAACUCGACCAACUGAGAAGAUCCGGCGAGAAACUCAGUGGGCUGUGGGUUAGUUUGCUCUCCGAGCCCUUCGUCGCAAGUGACCGGUUCGACGAGAACGAUGACCGGUGCUUGGGAUUGAUUACAAGGAGCGAACUAACCCAUAGAAACAACCCACUGAUUUUCUCGCCCCAUCUUAGCGGGUCGCGUUUCCGAUCCGGUGGUAGAUUCAGUGAAGCAGUGCUCUUGCUAGAGCUAGUGUUAGCAAUUCUCUCAGGUCCGCCCGUUGGGGCGUAAUAGCAUAUUAUGCUACCAAGGAUUAGAUAGGGGUAAAAAUAUUGUGAUAAACAUUGAAAACCCGUUAACGUUAUACGACCUAAUAAUUAUAAGAGGCCCGUUUAAUUAAGGUGACGACCAAUCAAAUUUUAUUGUUGUAUCGCUAUCGUACCGCGAUAGCAUUGUUCUUAAGACGAAAACAACAUUGAUAAUGUUUUUGUCGAAAAUAUUGUGUUUGUUUUCGUUUACUGCUACAAUCUCGAACGCAUACAUAUUACUGCAAGUGAGGAAGAAUAACGGAAACAAAUCGACAAUAGACGCUUUGAUUCACAAAGUCGUGCCAAAUGACAAAGUAAAUGAGGUGGCUGAUAGUCUGACGAACAGACACUUUGACAACAAAGCGCUUGGGAUCGAUAAAGGCGAUCAAAAUGCUGAUGAAAAGAUCGUUGUGAUGUUGGAAGACCAGAAAAACAUCAGAAGAAAACCGAAAAAGUCACCAAAAGAAGAACCUUUAUUUAGGAGCAGCGUCCCAAAAUUUGAGUGGAAACCCAAACUAGUGCAUUUCCGCAGUAAGCCCGCCCUCAUGCUGGAGGUAGAUUCGAAUGUGGUUGUGGACGCGUUAAGUGACAUAUUAUCGUCGAGACAUUUCCAGAAGAACUUGGACGUUCUGACCAAGAAAAUGGUAAUGAAAUUUCGUUCCAUUAAAUAAAAAAGGUGACACGUGAAAA